AAAACAGUCGAGCUUUAAGUCUAGCGCAUGUAGCCCUUAGUGAUUACUACUUAAAUAUACAUAUAUACUUGGUGUGUGCCUGUUCCGAUUAGUUUAUGAAUCGGGGCAAUAUGUUUUUAAUCUCGAAUCCGUGGCGUUUUAUUUACGCUCUGAUCUGCGUAUUUUUGUUGACGUGCGAAGCGAGAAGUGUAAGGGAUUCCCAGGAUGAAGCGGAUAGUGAGAAUGCGAUUCCAGAUGCCACGUCGGAGUUCCUGCGAGUAUACGGGGAAAAAAUGAAGUCCUACAUGAACUUCAGCGUGGCUCCUUGCGACGAUUUCUAUGAGUACGCCUGCGGGAACUGGAAAAACGUGCGUCCGGAGCACCAAUCCCCCCACAAGCGGAGUAAUCUCCUGGACAUCGUCUACACGCUAAAUAACGUGACGGAGGAGCUUCUCACCCGGACGGAGUUGGCAGAGAGGCUCAACGUGUCCGCCGAGUUACUGGUUGUACAACGAUUCUAUAACGAUUGUCUCGCGGCCGUUGUCUAUCCACUGCCAGCUGCGGAUCCCGCUUAUCUGGAGCUUAUCAGGUCGAUUGGUGGUUUUCCCGCCGUAGACGGCCACGCGUGGGACGCCGCCAACUUCAGCUGGUUCAACAUGAGCUCGCAUCUCACCAACUACGGGGCUCAUGGAUUGAUUGACGAGCACAUCCUGCCGCAAUACCCCUUUGAGCCUUACUUUAAGCUGCCGGAGUUGGGUUUCGACCACAUCGUCAAGACGGAAAACGUUGCCAAUGCCAGCUCCCGAGCUUACACGCUGAAUGAGCAGCGCAUGCGCGGCUACCUGGAAUCCUACAAGCUUCCGGAGGACAAUAUCACUGCCGUCAUCGCCGGCGUAUUUGACUUUUGGCGUGAGGCCCUCAUUAUUGCGGACAGAUUUGACAGUGAUCCCGAUAAGUGUGAGCAGGUUGCUAACGAUGAGGAAAUAACUGCUCAAUUUCCUCAAUGGAGAAGCUACUAUGAGAUCGCCUGGAACGGGCUGGACUUUUAUAACGGAAGCUAUGUCAGUGGAUUUUGCGACUACUACUAUGUGGAGCUGGACAAGCUGUGUGCCAAGCACCAGGAGGCGGUGGCCAACUAUCUGGCCAUGCAGCUGCUGUAUCGCAUGGACGCCAAACUGAAGGGAGCCAAGGACCAAAAGGAUCAUUGCCUGCUAACUGUUCAGUUCUCAAUGAAUCAUCUCUUCAACGAGCUAUACAUGGCGGAGCACUUCAGCGAAGACACCCGCUUCGAGAUUUCCAGCAUGGUAAAGGAGUUACGGAAGAGUCUGCGCCAAACCCUGGAGAAUGCCGAGUGGUUGGACACGGAAACGCGUCAGGCGGCUCUGGAUAAGGAGUCCUCCAUGAUGCCUGUAUUCGGUAGCUACAAAAACUAUAACCUCACAGAAAACCUGAUCCGGCAGGUAGCAAGUCUAGUGGUAGACGAGGAUAGCUACGCCAAGAGCAUGAUCAACCUGCGGGAGUUGACGACCCGUCAGCGCCGCUACAAUGGUCUGCAUUCCGAGAAGAUGCCCAACGACACAAAGCCUCUGGAACUAAUGCUGGGGAUGCAGGUGAAUGCCUUCUAUUACAACCUGGAUAAUUCCAUCUAUGUGAUGGCCGGAAUCCUGAAUCCACCUGCCUACCACCGCUCCUGGCCGAACUCCUUGAAGUUUGGUACCCUGGGCUAUCUGGUGGGUCACGAGCUAACGCACGGCUUCGAUACAAUAGGAUCCACAUUCGAUGGGCAUGGCGAGUACCGAAAGUGGUGGUCCAAGAAGUCGGAUGCUGUGUUUGCGGAGCGGGCCAAGUGCUAUGUGGACCACUACAGCAAUUACCUGAUACCGGAAAUCAAUCGCAAAGUCAACGGCAAUGAGACCAAGGAUGAGAACAUUGCGGACAGUGGCGGCCUACGGGAGUCACUAGCCGCCUAUCGGAGCCACAUGAAACGCCUCCAGCUAACGAAUCAAGAGGACAAUGAAACGAUUGCGCCACGCAGCGAGCAGAUGCCCGGUUUGGAUCUCUCUCCGGAGCAGCUCUUUUUCCUCGGAUUCGCGCAGCUCUGGUGCUCCGCCUACGAGGUGGAGCAUUACUGGGAGGAGCUCACGAAUGAGCACACAAUCGAUAAGUACCGAGUGCUAGGUGCCGUAUCCAAUAUCGAAGCCUUUGCCGAGGUCUACAAUUGUCCCCUCGGAAGUCCAAUGCAUCCAAAGCCAGACACCUGUCGGAUUUGGUAGUGAAUUCUGGAUGGGAUAGCUAACUUAAGCAAAAAUAAUCAAUAAAGAAAUAAAAAAUGGCCAUUAACAAUUUGAAUAUAUUUCUAA